GUAAUCAUUGGUGAUUUCAGUUGAUUUACAAUGGCGGUAUCAGAUGUUGUCACUUGUCAGUGACAUUCAGCGUUUAUCUUAAGUGGAACGGUUUCAUAAAUGUAAAAUUGAAAAUGUAAUAUCAAUUGUCAUGUGAUUAGAAUUAAUAAUACAAAAUGGUGCCGACCGGUAUUCUGUGUAUUCCAAUUGUUACUGCUUUCUUCUACUGGAAUAAUCUGUUAUGGUGCUACGUUUUCGGUGUGUUAACCGUAUCUUGUUUCCUGUUGGGAUGUUUAAUUGUUAUGUUCAUAAAUAUUGCUCUGUCUCCGAAACAUCAAACUGGUGCAGGCACUUUAAAAACAGUUGCGGAGAUGGAUGCUUUUCAUAAUUUAUUAAUGGAAGGAUAUGUGGUUCAAACUUCAAGUACCAAAAAACAUACACGUUACCCAAUGGUUUUUACUCGAAUGGUAGAUGGAGCACUGCAAAAUUUGUUAGAUUUAGUAUUUCAAGACUUUGUUGGAGUCUGGCUUGAUGAAUUGGCUUUUAAGUCUGAACAAAUAGUAAACAAUAUGAAACAAGAUAUAUGGGGUGCAAUUCAAAGCCUUCAUGAUCGCUUAUCAAAAGUAGAUCAUACGAAACUAGUCGUUUAUAAUAUUGUAAAUAAAAUUACUUUUCAUUUCGAAAAAAUUAGGAUUGCUCAAGCUGCUUCGUCAGAAGGCGAAGAUCCUGUAUUUAUUUUAUCAGCACAUUUAAUGUCACCUACAUCUGAGUUAGAUUACUUAAGAAAAGUCAGUGAAUUAUACAUUUUAUUUUUAUUACCACGUUGUUAUUCUCUUGCACCAAUGAAAUAUUUACUGAGAGAAAUUCUUGCAUGUAAAAUAUUAAAACCAGCAAUAGAUUUAAUAACAGAUCCAGACUAUAUCAAUCAAAAAAUUUUAUCAUAUAUCGAUCAGCAACAACUUGCAGAAGCUAUGCAUAGGAAAACUUAUGAAUAUGCAGAAUCGUUUGAAGACUUUAUUCGGAUGAUAAAAAGUUCCAAGGAUUUAGAAGUUCUUAAGCAUAUCAGAUACAAUAUUGUUACCGAAAUUAUGCAAGCUACAACAAUACAAAAUAUUAAAAGAGCACAAGGUUUAGAUCCAGACAAUAAUGCAUUUGGAAAAUCUGAUGUUAUUCAAGCUCGAAAAUUGAAGAGGUACAUCAGUCAAUUGACAUAUGCUAAAGAUACAUGUGAAUGUCACAUGCAAACAUUAGGAUGGAAUGGAUAUCCUGUUCAGGCUACCGAUGUACCUGACUCUGCAGUAAUUGCAGAAGAACGGAUAUUGCCAUUGCAAUAUAUUUUGGAUAAUGUAAUAGGUCGAAAAUACCUUUCACAGUUUCUUGAACAAGUUGCUAGUCAAGAUUUGAUCGGGUAUUGGGCAGCUGUACAAGAACUACGCAAUGCAGAUAAAUUCAAUUGGCAUCAAUUAGGUGCUGAAAUCUUUUAUACAUAUAUUACGUCUCCUACCGCUGAAAUAAAAGUGGAUAGAGCUAUUCGGAAAAAAAUGGAAAGCUUUUUACUGGGCGAUAUAGGGCCAAAUGUAUUUUAUGAGGUUCAAGAUAGUGUUGUUAAAACUUUAGAAGACAAAUAUUAUCCAUCAUUUGUGGUUAGCGAACAGUAUAAAAAUAUGCAAGAAGCAUUACUUAAUGAAAGAACAGAAGACUUAAUAGAAGAUCGUCGUAUGACAAAUGGAACAUUAUCAGAAAAUGUGUCUCUACUUGUUGGAGAACAUUCAAACUAUGCUCGCUGUAAGUUGGAUCAGCUGCAAGAAAAAUUAAACAACAAAAUGCAGGCUUUACAAGCAUUAAAAUCCUCGUUAAAACCAGAAAGCAAAGUUUUGAAUUUAUUAACUAAAGAGGUUGAAUGGUUACAAAGUGAGAAAAGACAAUUAGAAGCACAUUUAACCCACACAGAAAUGUGGGCAGAGCAUUUAGGUCACUGGAGAGCAGAAGUACAAAGUGCUGAGAUACCAGACAAUGGAGAAUCUCCACAAUAUGUGUUGGUUGUCCACAUGAUGCAAGAUGAAGGUAACAAUGAUAGUAUAUGUAGUGGUUGGGUAGUAUUGAGAAAAUUACAGGAAUUUCAAGACCUACACAGAAAACUUCGUCAACUUUGUCCUAACGUAAAAAAUUUAGAUUUACCAUCGCAACCUUUGAAGUUCUUCGGAAAGUCCGAUAAAAAUAGUUUGGACAAGGAUAGAAUGCAAAUACAGAAAUAUCUAAAUUUUGUUUUAGAGGAUGAAAAACUGAAUCAAAGCGAGGCUUUAUAUACAUUUCUUAGUCCGAGUUCCGAGCAUUUAAAAUAUGCACCUCCAUCUCCUAAAAAAUCGCGAUUCUCUUUAUCAACGUUGUUCAAAACAUCUACUAAUAGCAGUGAACUUCGUGAUAAAGAAGAUGAAGAAGAUUAUUCGUUAUUAUUAGACGAUACUGAUAGUAGUCGAUCAGUUAUAGAUGGAUACUUGAGCGUUAACAAAGAUGCAAUAGCAGAACCUCUCUAUACGCUUUUGGGUGAAAUUUUUGAUUUACGAGGUGUAUUUCGUUGGCUUCGACGUUCGUUAAUUACUUUUGUCCAAAUUACUUAUGGCCGAACUAUCAAUAGACAAAUUAGGGACACUAUUGCGUGGGUAUUCUCAGAACCGAUGCUUCAUUAUUAUAUACAAUUGUUUAUGAAGUCUUGGUGGCCAAAUGGCCAUCUAGUUUCUGAGACAACUUUUCGUACAGAUGAAGAAAAAUUAAGAACUCGAGGUGAAGCUCGGAGACAAUUCUUAAAUAAUGUACCUGAAGUUUUAACGAAUUUAGUAGGCGCGCAAAGUGCUCAACGUGGUGCAAUCAAAGUGUUUGAUUCUUUGCAGAAUACGAACUUAAACAAACAGUUAUUUUAUGAUAUCUUUGAAGUUGUGAUGCAUGAGGUAUUUCCAGAAUUAACACGAAGAAAACAUUCAGUAUAAUAAACUUCAUUCAUGUGUAUUUUUUUACAUUAUUUCAGUAAUCAGUAUACGUAUUUUGUAUUAAUCUACAAAAAGUCAUAUUUAAAUUAAACAAAUUUUAUCUGUGUAAUAUAAUAAAAUCAUAUCGGAUCAAUGUAUCCUACGAAAAAUGAUUAUUGAUUGACCUUUCUCGGGAGUAUCUCAUUAAAAUAAUUGUUUCACAUGUAUAUUCAAUCAAUCAACUUAGUUCUUUAGAUAACAAAUUCUGUAUUUUAUUUACAGAAUCUAUUGCGAUAAACUAAUAUUUAUAGCAUAUAGAAUAUUAUAUUCCAUUAUAGAAUUUAUAAAGUCAUUUUCCUUAAUAUCAUGUUAGAUUUAACUGUUCAAACAUAUUAUAAUAGAAUUACAUGUUACCCUCAUAAAUUUGUAUAGUUUAGAUUGGUUUAAAUUAGUUAGUCUGACAAGUUCUCGAUAGAGGUCGCAGUAUGCGCAGCAGUGACGCCGUGAUGUCGGGUAAAAAGGGGUAUCUUAAUUACCUCUGCAUAAUUUUACAAAUAUAUUCAUGAUUUAAGGAUAAAUGUAGGAAAAUAUAUAAAUAAUAAGGACAAAUAUAUUUAUGAUUUUACGCUCAUAGCCACAACAAUAGCACCCCUCCUGUUACCCUAGAUACGAUACUGCUAACUGUCAUUCUGGCUGCGCAUGCUCGAAAAAACCAGGCCGGCUAGCAUCUCUGAUGCGCAGUUUUUGUUGCUUUUUCUUAAUUCAAAAACCCCACAAUACUGCACAGCACUUUAUCUGUAAAAGAAUGCAUAAUAUGUUAAUAAAUGAAGGAAAAACAAUGGCUGAGUAUUUGGUCGAAAGCGUGGAAGAAUUGUGCGGUGACUUUAAUAAUAAAGUGGAUCAAAUUAAUUUGUUAAUUAAGCAAGUAAUAAUUUUAUAAGAAAUAGAUAUUCAACUUAGUACCAUUUGUAUAUAUGGAAAUUCUUCAGUGUAUAUAUGUGUAUAUAUAAUUAUUAAUUCUUCAUACAAUAUUUUAUAUUAAAUAAAACAGAUGAACUAUAAUUUAUAUAAGUAAAUUUUCCUCACUAUGGUUUUUCAAGCUUAUAGAAGUAAGGGAAGCAAUUAACAAGCAUAAAAGAGAUGGAUAUUAUUUGGAAUCACAUUUUUCUGCCUUAUCAAUGAAUGUAUGGGCAGGACAAGUCAAAUAUUGCGAAUUACAGAAAAAAGAAGUUCACAUUAGAAAAGUAUUAUCUGACACAACAAAAGGCGUUGACUUUAAAUAUCAAGAAUUAAGAAACUUGAAACUAAAGAGGACAAAGAUUUCCUUCGAACAAUGGUUUUUUUAAUUCUUAGUUAAUAUUUUAAAUUACACUAUUAUUGUGGAUAAGAAUUUUUCCAUAGUAUUAAAGAGUAUCAAAAUGAAAAUUUGCAUACCAAUUAUUGCAAAUCUUUUUAACUGUAGAAUUUUAUAAUCUUUUUAGCAGUAAUUUUCAUAACAAAUAUAGAGGUUACGCAGAUAACUUUAUGAAUGCACAAGUACAAUACUCAAUUCAAAAUUUAUCAGAGGACUUGAAGCAUUAUCAGCAGGAAUACAAAAAAUUACAAUAUGAACUGCUAUUGCAGUCAAAAGAAUUGGAAAAUCUAGAACCACAAGAUAAUCCAAUUUGUAUAAACACUGUUGAGGAUGUAAAAGAAAUAUUAAUAAUUAAUACUCUAAAGCGUGAUAUAAUGGCAAGUAAUUAUUAUAAUAAAGGGCAAAAAAUUAAAUUUGCAGAAUAUACCCUGGAGAUAAUAGAAAACAAAGUAAAACAGCAGAAAGCACUGCUUAACAAUUGUUAUAAAUAAUUUGUACCUGUGGUAAGAAAUUUAUUAAUGUUAAGAAAAUACUUAUUAUUAUAAUGUAAUUAUUAUGUGUUAAAUAAAUAAAUAAUUUUAAUUUUCGA